UCAUUAGAGCUGCGAAAUUCAUAUGGACCGCGCAAAUCAAAGCUAUUUUGGAUAAGAAAGCCGAGAGUUAACUUGACGGCAAUGGAAUGAAUGUGUGCGCUUGAUAAAUAGCAAGCAGAAGAAGAGAGCUCAUCUACUUCAUCAAUGGUGACCCAAGCUAAACUAGUAGUAGAAUCUACUUUCUUCAACGUCUCCCCUGGUGUUGUUAGCACUUUGGUGGAUAACAGUUUGAAGUUCAGUCAUCGCUCAUCCAUAAGGUUUCAGACAUUGAGCACUCGACGACGAGUUUCAUUAUCAACAGCAGCAGCAGCAACUCCGCCAGUUCCACCAGCCAUUCAGGAUGAGCAAAGAAAGCCGCCGGAUCUUCAAACACUUAUGAGUAGGUUCUGGAAGGUUGCUGUACCAUAUUGGUCCUCUGAUGAUAAAGUUCAGGCCAGAUUGCAGUUGGCUGCUGUUUUUGCCCUUACUUUAGGAACCACUGGUAUCAGCGUUGGUUUCAGUUUCCUCGGCCGUGACUUUUAUAAUGCACUUGCCAAUAAAGACCAAGAACAGUUCACCAAACAACUGUUAUACUACCUUGCUGGUUUUGCUGGUGGUAUCCCGUUUUUCGUGUUGAGAGAUUAUGCACGAGAGAAGUUAUCUUUAAGGUGGAGAUCUUGGAUGACAAGCUAUUACAUGGAACGAUAUCUGAAGAAUAAGACAUUUUACAAAAUUCAGUCUCAGUCUACUAUCGACAAUCCAGAUCAGCGAAUUGUUGACGAUUUAAGUUCCUUUACAGGAACAGCUCUCGCAUUUUCAUUGACACUCUUCAAUGCUGCUAUAGACUUGAUAUCUUUCAGCAAUAUCUUGUUUGGUAUCUACCCACCACUUUUUGUUGUGCUUCUUGCAUAUUCACUUGGUGGAACAGCUCUCAGUGUCUUCCUUGGAAAGGGAUUGGUGAGCCUCAACUUUUUUCAAGAGAAGAAAGAAGCAGAUUUCCGCUAUGGUCUUGUGCGUGUUCGAGAAAAUGCUGAAUCAAUUGCAUUUUAUGGAGGCGAGGAGAAUGAGAUGCAACUACUGUUAAGUCGUUUCAGAAGCGCUUUUGAAAACCUAAAUCAAUUGUUGAUAUCUUCUAGAAACCUGGAGUUCUUCACCAAUGGCUACCGCUAUCUUAUUCAAAUUCUUCCUGCGGCAGUUGUUGCACCUAUGUACUUCUCUGGAAAAAUUGAGUUUGGGGUUAUUAAUCAAUCCGUGUCUGCUUUUAAUCAUAUUCUUGGUGAUUUCUCUCUCAUUGUCUAUCAGUUUCAGGCUAUAAGUGCCUUUUCCGCCGUCAUUGACCGACUAGGUGAAUUUGAUGAUGUUUUGGAUAGCAGCAACAGAAAAGGCGAUCAUGACUCCAAGGAAAAUAUCCAACUUAGUUUUUGUUUAAUAAGUUGUUCCAAUGGGCUACACACAAAUGGAUCUAUGCCUCUUUCCAAGCGUGUAAAAUUACUUCAUGUUGAACACUUGACUGUACAGACUCCAAGUGAAGCAACUCUAAUUAAGGACUUGUCUUUUGAGAUUUUUGAAAAGGAUCACUUGUUGGUUACAGGACCAAGUGGAAGUGGUAAAACUUCAUUGCUGAGAGCUGUAGCUGGUCUUUGGAGUUUCGGGAAUGGAGCAAUCACAGUUUAUGUCAGACCUAGAGGAGACCUGGAUAUGCCGCACUCUCCAGAUAUGGUUUCUCAUCAAGUGACUUCAACUAAUGAGACCAUAGGGGAUUCCACAGGACGUAGAAAUACUGAAGGUGUAAUUUUUCUUCCUCAAAAACCUUAUAUGGUUUUGGGAACCCUUCGACAACAGUUGCUGUAUCCUACAUGGACCGAAGAUUCAGAUAACUUGUCAGAUGAUGCUAAACAAAGUGAUUCUUUGCCAUUCUUGAUACAUGCACGGGAUGCAAGGUGUGUAAAUGAAAGGUCAAAGAAGCCUACAUCAGAUGAUCUAGUACAAGUUCUCAAUGACGUAUCCCUUGGACACUUGUUAUCUCGGUUUGACGGCCUAGAUUCAACACAUGAGUGGUCGAGCGUUCUUUCCCUAGGCGAGCAACAACGCCUUGCCUUUGGCCGUUUGUUGCUUUCAAAACCAACUUUGGCUCUGUUGGAUGAGUCUACUAGUGCUCUUGAUGAAGCCAAUGAGGCUCGUCUAUAUCAGCUAAUCCAAGCUGCAGGAAUCACGUAUAUAAGUAUUGGCCACCGUAGAACCCUCUACAAAUACCAUAAAAAGGUCUUACACGUAUCUACUGCUGAUAGUAUGAGUACCCAGCAGAAUUGGAGCUUUAAGGACGUAGAGGAGGACCCAAUAUACUAUUUUUCGAAGCAGUAAUUUCAUGCAAAUAAUUUUUCCUUUUAGUACAUGAUACUAAUGCUUGGAUGUUCCAAUCUGCUCGUGAUUAAGUUUUCCAGAAUUUCAUCUUGACUAUGCUGUAUGGUCAAUGGGGACUGGACAUGGAAAUUAUUAGUGAAUGCAGUACAACUUUUGAGAAGUACUUGAUGAAUGUGUCCCAAAAUGUCAUUUCAACUUUUUCAUACAAUUAAGUUACGUAUGAAAUCUUAUGAAACAAC